AUGGGCAAGAGCAAGCAGCAACAAUCGAAUCCACCGGCAGGCAGCAACGAGGAUGGCGAGGACGGCGACGCAUUGGCGGGCUCCACCUUGGAGGACUACUUCGCCACGCACAAAGUGAGCGGCCACGUCUCGCAGCACUUGCUCAACAUCUCGACGGACAACGACAGCGACAGCUACGAGGACGACUACGAGUCCGAGACAUCAACCCCCAAGCAGACAGAGCCCCCGUCCGAACUCGCAGGCAUGACGCUGAGUGACUAUCUCCACGUGAAGGAGGACACAAGCAGCGCCGAAACAGAGGAAAAACUGUCAAGAGCGAACUCUCUGCGUGCGUUGCCGCCCCAACUCGCUGCAUCGGGGAAGAAGCACGCCCCACCGGCGGAUGUGAGCGGCAUGUCAUUGGAUCACUACCUCGGGGCUGCAAGUAGCGACCACAAGGCGGAAGAAAAUGGUCACGCCAAUCGCGCCGACAAGAAAGCAUCUCCGAAGGUCAAGCGGAAGAGCAGCAAGCCCAAACUGAGCGGCCCCAAUUCAAGCCUUACACCCUUCCAGCGACGCCAGAAGCGCAAGGAUAAGGCCAAAAUCAAGCAGCAGCGAAACGCUGGAGGCGGGUCCUCCAUCUCCAAGGCCAUCUUGAUGACCGAGUCCAAUGCAUCGCCGCCCACCGUUUUGUCGGUGCGAGAUCGAGAGAGACGGAAAUCCUCGUUAACUGUGGCGAACCACUCGCACCAUCCUCCUCCGGCCCACCACAACUCGCACUCGUCAGCCUCCAAUCCUUUGCCUAAGCUGUCUGCGUCUCCAUCUGUGCGUAGCAUAAGCCAUAAAGAUCAUGACGGUGAAGACGAUGCAGCCGAAAAGCUGCCACCAUUAUAA